AUGGCGGCGGCGGUUGCAUCUGGAAUUGCGCCGACGGCUAUGGUUGAUCAAGUUCCUAAUCAACCUGCGGUUACGGUUGCGCCUCCUCAUUCGGCUCCGUUCCCUGCUGUGUCUCAGGUAGCCGCCGUGGCUGCAGCGGCUGCGGCUGCGGAGGCGUUGCAAGCGCACCCUAACUCGUCUCUCUACGUCGGAGAUCUCGACCAAACCGUCAAUGAGGCUCACCUGUUGGAUCUGUUCAACCAAGUGGCUCAAGUUCAGACUGUUAGGGUUUGUCGUGACUUGACUCGCCGAUCUCUUGGUUACGCUUACGUCAAUUUCGCUAACCCUGACGAUGCGUUGCGAGCGAUGGAUAGCCUCAACUACACCCCGAUCAGAGAGAGACCUAUAAGGAUCAUGCUCUCGAACCGUGAUCCGAGCACUAGACUGAGCGGUAAAGGCAACGUUUUCAUCAAAAACCUCGACGCUUCGAUCGAUAACAAGGCCCUGUUUGAUACGUUCUCGAGUUUCGGGACCAUUCUCUCUUGCAAGGUCGCCAUGGACGUUGCGGGAAGGUCUAAAGGGUACGGCUUUGUCCAGUUUGAGAAAGAGGAAACCGCUCAGGCUGCUAUUGACAAGCUCAAUGGAAUGCUUCUUAACGACAAGCAAGUCUUUGUGGGCCACUUUGUCCGCCGUCAGGACAGGUCUCGCGGCGAGAGCGGUGCGGUCCCGCGAUUCACCAACGUUUAUGUGAAGAAUCUCCCCAAGGAGAUUUCUGAUGAUGAGCUGAAGAAGACGUUUGGGAAGUAUGGUGAUAUCUCUAGUGCCGUUGUGAUGAAGGACCAGAGUGGGAACUCGAGGUGUUUCGGGUUCGUGAACUUCGAGAGCCCUGAAGCUGCUGCGGUUGCGGUUGAGAAGAUGAACGGUAUCAGCCUUGGGGAGGAUGUGUUGUACGUUGGGAGGGCUCAGAAGAAGUCUGAGAGGGAAGAGGAACUGAGGAGAAAGUUUGAGCAAGAGAGGAUAAGCCGGUUUGAGAAACUGCAAGGAUCAAACUUGUAUCUGAAAAAUCUUGAUGAUAGUGUGAAUGAUGAGAAGCUCAAGGAGAUGUUUUCUGAGUAUGGGAAUGUGACCUCCUGCAAGGUCAUGAUUAAUUCUCAAGGUUUGAGCAGAGGGUUUGGUUUUGUUGCGUAUUCCAACCCUGAAGAAGCUCUAAGAGCUCUGAAUGAAAUGAAUGGGAAAAUGAUAGGAAGGAAACCUCUUUACAUUGCUUUGGCUCAACGUAAGGAAGAGAGACGUAACCACCUUCAGACUCUAUUUUCUCACAUGAGGCCAAACGGCACAAUGUCCCCUAUGCAAGCUCCAAUGCCUGGGUUCCAUCAUCACCCACCUGGAGGUCCAAUGGCAGGACCACCCCAUCCAAUGUACAUGGGCCAGAACGGUCAAGGUAUGGUGCCGUCACAGCCCAUGGGGUACGGGUACCAAUUUCAGUUCAUGCCAGGCGUGCGUCCAGGUUCGGGCCCGGCCAACUUCAUGAUGCAAUACCCUCUUCAAAGGCAAAACCAACCUGGUCCUCGCGUUGGGUUUAGGCGAGGUGCUGCUAACAUGCAGCAGCAGUUCCAACAACAACAAUUUAUGCAGCAAAACGCAAGCUCGGGGAUGAGAUACAUGGGCGGUGCGGGCAACAGAAGGAAUGGAAUUGAAGCAGCUGCUCCACAAGGCAUCAUGCCUUUGCCAUUGGAUGCAUCUGCGAUCUCUCACAAUGCUUCUCAACACCCACAGAAGCCUCCACUCCUCCCCAUUUCUAAGCUUACUUCUGCCUUGGCUCUGGCUAACCCCGCCAAUCACCCACAGAUGCUUGGGGAGCAGCUUUACCCACUUGUGGACCAGCAGGAGCCAGUUCAUGCGGCUAAAGUGACCGGUAUGUUGCUGGAGAUGGACCAAGCCGAGAUCUUGCACCUUCUUGAGUCACCUGAAGCUCUCAAGGCCAAAGUCUCUGAGGCGUUGGAUGUUCUCAGACUUUCUGCUAAUCCCCCAGCUGUGUCUUCCGUUGAUGAACAGUUCGGUCUCACCCCAACCGAGUGA